AUGAGCUUUGGUAAAGAAGAUUAUGAUAAGCAGUAUCUGGCUGAUGAAGGAACGAAGAAUCGCCACCACAUCAUUUUCCGAAAUGAUCCUACACAUAGAGAAAGCUCAAACUGGGUAAUCGCCGCGUUCCAAAAUUUCAGAGAAGCGACUUCUGCAACCUACGAAUCCCAGAUAUCCAUUUUAGAAGAAAUGGAAGUUAAUAUUGACACUCUGACCAGUUACACUCUCUGGGCGGCCUUCUGGACAUUUGGGACGUUCUCCUUCUUCCCUUUCGUCAACAAGUUCAUCCCACUAAUCGCCCAGUGGCGCAAAGGAAAAGAUGCCGACACUAUUUUGGACAUGGAUUGUCGCUUUUCGUCUGUCUCGAAUUGUAUCAUAGUCUUGGUGCUUUGUUUCUACAGCCUCUUUGACGCUGACAACUUUCAAUGGUGGGACAUUCAUUCCGACCACUGGGCCGCCGAGAUGGCUUGCCAGUGCUGCUUGGGCUACUUCAUGUCUGAUGUUAUCCUGAUUUUCCGACUGAGAAACUAUUAUCCUCAAGUGUCAGACUUCUACGUCCACCACGCCGUUUCUCUGACCGCGUUUCUCCUCGUUGAUGCCAAUCAAGCGUGUCGCUAUAUUUGCAUCAUCCGUUUGCUCAGUGAGUCGUCGACCCCUUUCGUCAAUGGCCGAUGGAUGCUGCUGCAGCUGGAUCUGAGAGAUUCUCUGAUCUAUCGUUUCAACAGGCAUCUGACUUACUACACUUUCUUGCUCUUCCGCAUUUGUACUAUUCCUUUUUACUGGGGAGUCUCCGCUUACUACUUCUACACUGCUCAGUUUGGCAAAUGCUCCUGGGCCUUGAUAGUGAUCCUCUUUGUCUCCGGCAUCGCUCUCGAUCUUCUUAACGUCCAAUGGUUCUCUCGACUGAAACAAGGAGUCGACCAAAGGAAAGAGCAAAAAAAGCAGGAGAAGCAGAGGAAAAGCGGUUUCAAGCGUUCAGAAGAUCCAACAGAAGAAGGAGUCUUCUGUUGCCCGCGCCUGGCGAAUCUGCUCUCGUUUACCAGCGAAAAAAAUCGAACAGAAUAA